AUGGAUAUUGGAGAUGCUAUUGACGAGUUUAGAGUGUUGCUAGGCAAAAUAAAAUUGGAUAGAAAAAGAGCAUUCCUGGACAAAUUGCAAGAAAUAUAUUGUGAUGAUUCUGAUGAGGAAAGUAAUGAAGACGUUAUUGUACAAAGUAUCGCAGAAUCACUGCGAGCCAAAUUACCGCUAAGUGCACAGGUGGACAGUGAAUGUAUUAUGUACCCAACUGUUGGUCAUAAUGGAGACUGUGAGACUGGCACAACUCUACAUGUUGAUAAAUUCCUAUAUGAUGACGAUGCUGUAGAAACGCUAUGUGAUGAAGGCACCCUACAUCGCUACUUUUGUCAGGACUGUGGAUCCCAUAAUGUACACAGUCUCACUUUUAUCUCUCACUCGUGUUCCAUCGCUCAGUUAAAAUACAUCUUUAAACAUGUGUUACCAUCCCUACGAGAGAAGAUAGUGGUGGAUGUUGGUUCUCGACUUGGAGCUGUGUUGUAUGGUGGGUAUUUUUACAGUGAUGCUUCCAAACUGAUAGGCAUAGAAAUUAAUUCAGAUCUAUGCAAAUUACAACAAGAAAUGAUUGCAACAUAUCAGAUGCAGUCAAGGAUUCAGAUCAUUUGUGCAGAUGUCGUUACACAACACACACUACUGCAACAAGCCAAUGUCAUUAUUUUGAACAAUGUGUUUGAGUUCUUUGCCUCAACAGAAGUCCAAAAUAAAAUUUGGAGAUUUCUUUAUGAGACUGUGAGACAGUCUGGUUGUCUGCUGUUGACAGUACCAAGUCUUGAGCAGUCCCUACUUCAUCUUCAGACUGAUAUAGAUGUGAACACCUGGGUGAAACCAGUACUACUUGAUUAUGCUAUGGCAUCAGUUGCUAUGGAGAUGAGUGAAGAAAGUCAAGAUGAGCUGAAACAAAUUUUCCUGUAUGAGGUUCUAUGAUAGUUUACGGAGAAAUUGGAGACAUUCAUUAUACUGAACAAAACUGUUAAUAUUUCACCAGUAACAUUCUGAUUUAUGCAAUGUAAAUAGUGAUAUAAAAACAAUUUAUUUUCCAUGAUUUCAUUGUUUGUCAUUUAGCUGAACACGCC